CCGGCGUCACCCGCGCGGCUGGAGUCAAGAUGGAGGAGUAUGCGCGAGAGCCUUGCCCCUGGAGAAUUGUGGAUGAUUGUGGUGGGGCCUUUACGAUGGGUACCAUAGGUGGUGGUAUCUUUCAAGCAAUCAAAGGUUUUCGAAAUUCGCCAGUGGGAGUAAACCACAGACUACGAGGGAGUUUGACAGCGAUUAAAACCAGGGCUCCACAGUUGGGAGGUAGCUUUGCAGUUUGGGGAGGCCUGUUUUCCAUGAUUGACUGUAGUAUGGUUCAAGUCAGAGGAAAAGAAGAUCCCUGGAAUUCCAUCACUAGCGGUGCCUUAACAGGAGCCAUCCUGGCAGCAAGAAAUGGACCGGUGGCCAUGGUUGGCUCAGCUGCGAUGGGUGGCAUUCUACUAGCUUUAAUUGAAGGAGCCGGUAUCUUGUUGACAAGGUUUGCCUCUGCACAGUUUCCCAGUGGUCCUCAGUUUGCUGAAGACCCCUCUCAGUUGCCUUCAAGCCAGUUACCAUCCUCACCUUUUGGAGACUAUCGACAAUAUCAGUAGAAUUUUUCUCCCUAGGAUUUCCUUAACCGAAUGAGCUAUAUAGUUGAAGAAUGUGUUCAGAUCAAGUUAAAAUCUGUUUUUAAAACCAUAGGUGGGACUACUGAGGCCAAAUAGGCUGUGAAGAGACAUUUAGCACUUUUUUCUAUUUAAAGGAACAUAGAAGGAGGAUAAAAGAUAAUGCGUUUAUUUAUUCACACUUGGAUUGCAUUUGUGACCAAAAUAAAUGUCUAAUAUCAUUAAAAUAUAAUAAGUGCUUAGAAGAUGAAGGACCAAAGGACAAAUAACAGUGAAAUGUGGCCAUCGUUUCCUUGGGGACUUCUUGGCCCAGUUGUGUGUAUAGGUAUUCAAACAAUAAAAAGCUCUGGAACUUACUCAUUCUUUUAA